AUGGCCAACGACGAAAGCGCCGACGCUCUUCCCAACAAACUCAAGCAAACAGGCAAAGCAGAAAUAGAACACGACGAGACGAUCUAUGCGGAUCCCAGCUUUUUACAAUCAUGUUCAUAUGGCCCUGGUGGCAUCUCAGGUCUCGCCAGUUCCCUUUAUGUCUCCGGCGCAGCUGUGCUCGCCUCCCUGGGCGGGUUCUCAAUGGGGUACGACAUGGGUGUGAUUUCAAUCAUUAACGUGAUGGACCAAUUUCACACGAAAUAUCCCUUUGCGGAAACUGCCUUUGGAAAAGCGUUCAUGACAGCCAUGCUGCUGCUGGGAGCGUUCAUGGGCUGCAUCUUCAUGCCUUAUAUGGCAGAUCGGUAUUCGCGUAAAUGGGCAUUGACCGUGGUGGUUAUAAUCUUUGACAUUGGCGCAAUUCUUCAGACUGCCGCACCAAACUAUGGAGCAUUGGUAGCUGGUAGAUUUAUUGGCGGGAUCGGUGUCGGCACUCUGGCAAUGGGGGCACCCCUUUAUAUUUCGGAAAUAUCGCCUCCCAAUAUUCGCGGAACACUAUUGGUUCUUGAGUCAAUCUCCAUCACCUCUGGUGUUGUCAUUGCAUUCUGGAUUACUUUUGGCAGCAGACAUAUGGCUGGCGAGGCCGCGUUUCGAUUGCCAUUUGCAUUGCAAAUGGUGACUGCGACCCUUCUUGGCGCAGGAAUUCACUUCUUCCCCUAUUCUCCUCGUUGGUUGGCCCUUGUGAAUCGGUCUGACGACUGUCUGAAGAGCCUCGAGAGGCUGCGGGGAUUACCCGGCGAUGAUGCGCGAGUGCAGGCCGAGUUUCACGGUAUUAUGGCCGAUGUAACUUUCCAGAAAGUUGUUCAGCAGAGGCGACAUCCAGGGACGAGCGGCAUGAAGCUCGAACUUCUGUUAUGGGCGGAUCUCUUCAGUCGAAAGAUCUGGAGACGCACGGCCGUCGGCGUGGGUGUCGCCUUCUUCCAACAGUUCUCGGGAAUCAACGCAUUCAUCUACUAUGCGCCUACCUUAUUUAAAUCACUAGGACAAACUGAUGAGAUGUCCUUGAUCAUGUCGGGCGUGUUCAACAUCUUGCAGAUGGUCGCUGCCAUCGUAUGCUUCCUGAUCAUUGAGAAGGUCGGCCGUCGACCGUUGGCUAUUUUUGGCGGGUUCGGAACAGCUGUGACGUACGCGAUCAUUGCAAUCCUGUCCGCAUUAUACGAAAAGAGCUGGCCGAGUCAUCAGAGUGCCGGUUGGGCGUGCGUAGCGAUGGCGUUCGCGUUCAUUCUAACAUACGGCGUCUCAUAUUCCCCACUCGGAUGGGCUCUCCCUCCCGAGGUCUUCUCCACUGCGACUAGAUCCAAGGGCGUUGCGCUGUCAACUUGCGUCAUCUGGCUGUGCGACUUCAUCGUGGGCAUUUCCGUUCCGAGUAUGAUGGAGAAGAUCAGUUACGGCACGUACAUCUUCUUCGCUGUGAUGUGCUUCCUCGCUGGCCUAUGGGCAUUCUUUUUGGUUCCUGAAACGAGUGGUAAGACCCUGGAAGAACUCGAUGAGGUGUUUGGCGACACCAGUAGCCAGGAGGAAAGGGACCUAGUCGCGGAGGCUAUGCAAACCACGACGCGUACGGCCGCCGAGGCAGUUGUUUAA